AUGGUGGAUGCGCGGUUCUUUUGAAAGGGCUCCAAAGUUGAUCAACAAAUAUUAAAUAUUUGGGUCACCGUCGUAUUUUGUGAAUCAACGCCUACAGUGAUUGGAAAUAAUUUGGUGAGUGUAAUAGCCACAUAUAGCAUUUCAUGUAUGUCUGUGUUGAAACAUUUUGGUAGCUGGCUAGCUAGCUAACGUUACAGUAAUGGUGUAUACAGUACUACUAGUAACGUUAGUACGUUAGCGACUAUAUAAGCCAAAUAUACUUUUCAUCUGUGAACUUUAACGUUCUCUAGCUAGAUAGCUAAAUGUCAACCAAUCUCUUUUGUAGAUAGCUAUUGAAUAUAGUGUUAGCUUUUCAAAAAAUCACACUGAUUCAAAUCUGACAUGAUUUGAUGAUCUCUCAUUUUAAGUGGAACCAUGGACACAGUGGAGACUCGAUUCGCCCAUUUGUUGCAGCCUAUCCGUGAGCUCACGAAAAACUGGGACAUUGAUGUGGCCUCGGAGUUGGCAGAUUAUCUGGAGGAGGUAGGAAUGAGCCCGUGGCAUGCAUUAUGGGGUAAAUCAUGGAAACAAAAUAGACUUCAAGAACUGUAUUAACAACAUUGUUGUGUGUCAACACACAGCCUUGAAUUAAUCAAUGGAGUCACCAACUGGUUUGAAAAUCACACAGACCAAGGCUGGAGUAGACUGUUCAGAAAGCUUUUCCUCUUACACAUUGAUAUACACUGCAUUUACCACUGUCAUAUUGUCUCUAUGGUCUGGCAGUUGGAUGAGAUGUGCAUCUCCUUCGAUGGGGGCAAAACCACUCUGAACUUUGCAGAGGCAGCGCUGCUCAUCCAAGGCUCAGCAUGCAUCUACAGCAAGAAGGUGAGAAGUUCCUUGUUAAAAAAGAACAACAUCAUAUGCUGGUUUCAUAUAAUGUUCCUGACUUGUUGUCCAAAAGUAACUAUGUGAUCCACGACAAUUCAUUUGAUUUCUACUGUGGUAUAACUACGAUAUUGGUAUUGUUCGCACCUUGAGUUUUUGAAAAGCAUGUUACAGAUCAAAUGUAUUAUUAUUAGUGUUUCCCCUAGGAUUUGUUUCAGCAAAGUGGGGGUGUCAUGGUAGCGGGAGUGGCCAACGGCGCCGUCUCCGACCAACAUUUUUUAGAGGCCCUCGAAAUGGGGCAGAGAAUUUUACAGUUUUAAAACUUGUUUCCUUCAAUUCUACACAUGUUUUGUCAAGGGGCUGACUGGCUGAGAGAGAAAAAAAACAGUUUUAAAGCUAAUAUCCUUCAAUUCUUCUACAUUUUGCCAUGGGGCUGAGAGAAAUUGCAGUUUUAAAGCAAAUUUCCUUCAAUUCUACACAUUUUGCCAUGGCUUAUGCCAUGUUCCUAUGCUAUCUAUCUGAGUGACUCAAACGUUAUAACAAAAUCAAUGGGGGCUCCAUGCCAUGACAUUUUAAAAAUGUUAGAUUCUCCCCCAAUGUCUAGUUUUUAUUUAGGUGAUUGUUAGUUCUCAAAGAUGAUCUUAUUAAAAAAUAUAUUGCGCCAUGAUCUUUUCUACAUACUUUAUAUCUGGCUUUAGUGGUUUAAGUAUACACUGAAAAGUUUUUCCAUCCCUCAAAUUAUUUUCAAAACAAAAUCAUAUAUAAUUUUUUUAUCGUAUUUGUUGUGGGGCUGCAACGAUUUAGCAGCCCGCUACUGCUAAAUGAAUAUAAGGGAAACACUUUAUUAUAAUGUAUUAUUGUUUGAUUCAGGUGGAGCAUCUGUACAAUCUGGUGUACCAAACUCUGGACUACAUCAACGACAGAAACAGGAAGUAAGUACAGUGCCUUCAGAAAGUAUUCACACCCCUUGACUUUUUCCACAUUUUGUUGUGUUAUAUCCUGAAUUUAAAUUGGAUUAAAUUGAGAUUUUGUAUCACUGGCCUACACACAAUACCCCAUAACGUCAAAGUGGAAUCUUUUUAGUCAUUUUAACAAAUUAAUAAGAAAUUAAAAGCUGAAAUGUCUUGAGUCAAUAAGUAUUCAACCCAUUUGUUAUGGCAAGCCUAAAUAAGUUCAGCAGUAAAAAUGUGCUUAACAUGAUUUUUGAAUUACUACCUCAUCUCUGUACCACACACAUACAAUUAUCUGUAAGGUCCCUCAGUCAAGCAGUGAAUUUCAAACACAGGAAGACAGUGAAAAGAAGGAAGCCUGUACAAAAUAUAAAUAUUCCAAAACAUGCAUCCUGUUUGCAAUAAGGCACUAAAGUAAAACUGCAAACAAAUAUGUCAAAGAAAUUAACUUUAUGUCUUGAAUACAAAGCGUUGGCCUAGUUAUAGUUGACUAAAAUUGGCUUGAAAAUCUAUGGCAAGACCUGAAAAUGGCUGUCUAGCAAUGAUCAACAACCAACUUGAUAAUGCUUGAAGAAUUUAAAAAAGAAUAAUGUGAAAAUAUUGUACAAUCCAGGUGUGCAAAGCUCUUAGAGACUUACCCAGUAUUGACUCCGGGGUGUGAAUACUUAUGUAAAUUAGAUAUUUCUGUAUUUCAUCUUCAAAAAUGUCUAAAAACAUGUUUUCACUUUGUCAUUAUGGGGUAUUGUGUGUAGAUGAGUGAGGAAAACCCUCCCCAUAUGUAAUCCAUUUUGAAUUCUGUCUGUAGCACAACACAAUGUGGAAUAAGUCAAGGGGUAUGUACCCUGCCUCACUCCCUGUGAACACACAGCACCACUCAAGCCACCAGUCUUUAUGGUGCUCUACUUCCUCACUUCAUUUCUCAUUGAGUUAAAGGGAUUUGUACCUGUCAUUUUCAGGAAAGAUAAACAAGCAGUGACAUCUGGAGAGGGUGACCUGGAUGGGGCCUCAUCCAACAAUGCUAAUGAUGACGGCGGGGUAAGAGAGUGGAGCUGGGGGCGGUGACAGUUGGGCUAGGAAACCCUUGCCAUAGGGUGUGUUUAGCAGGCUUUAGUUCCGGCCCAACACUGUUAUCGCUGGAUUUUACUGAUGUUUGUUGUUCCCCCAGUUUGACUCCUUAGACCAGGAUACAACAGAUGUCUCACUGCAGUCAGAGAUGAAGAAUGAGACCAACACGGUGAGUGUCCCCCUCUGGAAACAUUUAACCCUUUAUAAAUGCCCCUCCAGAAUGUACAAUAUAUUGAUUGGUGUAUCAAUCAGACUAACUGAUUUGUGUGUGUGUCCAUGAUUCUAUCUGUGUAAAUUAUUGUCCUGUGUGUUCCUUAGAAUGUGGACGUGGCCCCUCUUCCCCCUGAGUCUCUGAUUCCUCCUGAGGCGUUUGAGAAACAGAAGCUGCUUCUCAUGAGGUGGGUGCCAAGUCCACGGCCUAAACAGCCCUCAACAUGAUGAACUCUUCUGUAGAAUAACUACAUAACAACUAUGAAACAUUGUAGGCCUUGCCAUUUGUAGCUGCCUUACUUUUUGGUGGAACUAAUUUCUGUAGAGGGCUGUCAUAUCAAUGUUUGUGUGUGUAUGUGCUGCAGUCUGAAGGGAGAGGUGCUGGGCAGCUGUAAGGACUUCAGGAUGAACACGUUCACUCCGGACGCCCUCGGUAUCAUCCGCCUCUUCCUGGCCUCCUCUCAGUCCCACUUUCUCAGGGACGCCCUGUCUGUCGCACCCCUGGCCCCCGUCACCCUGUUCAAGCACCAAGGUAGAGAGGCAUAUGGAUACAGUAUAUCGACAGAUGUACAUUACUGUGUCGAGGUCUAUACACUGUACACAACUGUAGUCAAGCCAAAACAGCCAACUGAUCAUAGAAAACACAUCAUAGAUUUGGUUUCUCUGUGAGUGGGCUGGGAGUGUUUGUGAUGUGUUUAGCCUCCAACAAUCUCAACAGAGCACUAAAUCCCAUACCAUGUUGCCAGGACCAGCUCAAAUGGAAUAUACGGUUCUUUUAAUGUAUAUUUCUAAGCUAAGGCCGGGUGCUGACAUCCUUAUUGUUGUUGUGUCCAGGUGAUGCAGAGCUUGCAGCAGGGGAUGCCGGGGAGGGCGUUGUCGGCGAGGAUGGUGGUGAUGCCGGUGCGGAUAACUUCCUGCCCCUGGAGGACAAUGGGAUGGAGAUGGACCAGGGACCCGAGGAACAUAUUGACAGACACCAGGUAGGAACGUAGAAAUCUCUCGCACACACACACACACACACACACACACACAUUUUUAUAUAUAUAUAUAUAUAUAUAUAUAUGCAUGCAUGCAUGCAGAGGAACUGUAGGUAUCACACAUGCCUAGUUCCAUUACAGCUAGUAACCCCUUUAUCGUAGCCCUUUUAUGGGACCUUGUGUUGAAUUGUGUAAGAUUUGUAUCACCAUGUGUUGGGUUGGGUUUAUUUAUGUCUUGUAUCAGUGUGUUCUAACUUGUUCUCUCCCAGGCCCCCAUUGAAGGGAGGAUGUUGAGGGAGAGGAAAGGAGUCCAGCAGCUCUCUGAGGAGGAGCAGGACAAACAGAGGAUGGAGGAGGAGAGGGCUCAGAUGGUACGGUUACCCAUCACAACCACGAUGGAUAAACCACCACACAUUUAGAGAUGGAAAAUAACUAUUCUAGUACGCUCGUUGUUUUUUUGUUGUCUUUGAUGUGAUGAUUGUUGUGAUGCAGGCAAACAUAUGGAGGUUACAUGACCUUUAUGAUACAGUCGGAGAGGACAAGCCUCUGAAAACAGGUGAGAACCUUUUCCUAUCGAUACGAUUCUUACUCACUGAGUGUAUUUUCUAUGAGGGGCCUGCCUGUGUUAAAUGUGUGUGUUCUUUCGCCAUAGGAAAAUGUUAUAAGGUUCCUCCGGGUCUUGAUGAUUCUGGGAAGAGGAAAAGGAAAGGCCCCUCUGCGCUGCAGGACUUCUGGACCUGGUACACUGGCACCUGUAAGUUGUGUGUAAACGCGUGCGUUGGUGUGUCUAUGAAGACUAAAUAGGAUGGUAUAUACCUGACAAAUGCCUCCUCUUGUUGCAGAUGACCCCCCUGAACCCAGGCUAAAGAAUGGACCCACGUAUACAGGUAAUGGUGGAUCUCAUAACUAAAUGACAGGAGAUAGAGUUCUCUUUUGGACCCGCGAUUAUAUGGCGCUUACAGCAAGUGGUGUUUCUUUUACAGACUUGAACUACAUCUAUAUGAGUAAAAUGAAAGACAAGCUGAAGACCCGGAAAAGGAUUCUUAGAAAAACGGUAUGUGUGUACUGCUAUGGGUCAUGCUGCAAGGAGCAUUUGUUGCUGUUUUUAGUGUUGAGUGUGUAUGAGUAUGUACUGAACAUACAGCCUUUUGCCCUUACAGGGUGUGUUUGUGUCUGAUGAGGAGCUGAGAAGGACGUACCUGCAACUGGACGAGAGAGAAGAGGAGGAGUCAGAGGGCCUCAGACACCACGACCCGCUAGGCCUGCACGAUGACCUCUCUGACAACGAACAUGACCCUUUGACUGAUGAAGCCCCGGCUGACUUCCUGAGUGGACAGGACUUCAUACCAGGUAGACACUGUCCUGUCUUUCUAUCUCUCAGACCACAUUCACACCUGCUAUUAACUGCACACAUUUUAAGGCAAGGUGUAAACCGAGCCAUCAGGUCUUGACUGUGUGUCUAUGUCCAUUGACUGACUGUAGAGUUAGACUAAUGUAUUAGUGUCACUCCACAAUGAUACGUUACUUGACCAAAAAAAACACAGAUUUAAAAAACCACUUGUGGACCAUUCAGAAAGUUUUAAGACACUGUAGGCAAUCAUAGGCAAAGAUGGUAUGUUUACAAUGUUUCUGUUGCUGCCAGGGGCAGACAUGGACGGACUGAGUUACGAAGACCUGGUGAAGAAGAGUGUGGUACGUGUCUCAAUGCCCCAGUCUUUCUGGGUCAUGUUCCAGAGAGGAAUACUAGAGGGUUCUGUGUAGCUAGCCACUGAUUUUCCCCCCACUUCCUUCAUAUUUCAGGAGCAGUUCCUGGUGAACUCCCAGGGUUAUGCCCAGGAGACGGCGCUGUCGAAAAGAGUGAAGGAAUGGGAGGACAAAAUACGACCGGAGCUCAUCUAUCAGGUAAGAUUCAAUUACCGGUAUAUACUUUCCAGACAUUUUGCUGUAGAUCAACCAAUUUUAAUUGAAAAAAUUGACAGUAUCUAUUCUAUUCUAAUCAAAUAUAUUAUCAUUUUUCACUCUGUUGGUGAUUUCUAGUGUGGCAUGAUGUGUGAUCUGUUGGCUAAACCUCCUGACCCCAUGUCUCUGUAGGAGGAGCGUCCUACCUUUGACAUCCAUGACUAUGGGGACAGGAUCGUAGCAGCGUUGAGCAGUGUGGGCCAGAGGAGGACCUUCGCCUCUAUAGUCCACGGCAUGGACAACUUCGAGGCCUGCAAGUACAUGCUGGCUUCCCUUCAGCUGGUGAGUAUGUGUGUGUGAUUUGAAGGAAUUUAAUACACCACAAUCUAAUCAAGUGUACUCAGCCACUGUCUGGAGUUUACAGUCUUGACACUGAACUGAACACUUGAAAUUUAAAGAUACUUGAUUUUAUUGUAUGACAAAUUAGUUUGAUAGCUUCUAGUACAAGAUGUAUUUGUCUAUAGUAACUCCAUUACUCUACCAUCAGGACACUGUGUUAUCAGGUAGAGGUUAUUAUCAUGCUAUCCUCUGUAGCUCAGCUGGUAGAGCGCGGCGCUUGUAACGCCAAGGUAGUGGGUUCGAUCCCCGGGACCACCCAUACACAAAAAAUGUAUGCACGCAUGACUGUAAGUCGCUUUGGAUAAAAGCGUCUGCUAAAUGGCAUAUUAUUUUAUUAUUUAUUAUCUCCUCUUCAGGCCAAUGACUACACAGUGGAGAUCGACAGGAGUGAGGGUCUCGAGGAAAGCAUCGACACCAUGGGACUCACUCUGCUCAGCAAACACAGGGCCAACCAACGAUUCAAGAACGCCCUUGCAACCUCAGACCCUAUAUGACCCAGACCCAUUCAUCUCCUGAACCUGAUCAUGUGUGUGUGAGCUCUUGCCUCCUAUAGAUUUAG